AUGCCGCCGCGGGAAGCGGCGCUACUCCUCCUCGUGCUCUGCGUGCAACUCGGAACAUCAAGCUCUACAACUACAUGUCUUGCAUCAUACUUAUUCGGAUUCUGGAGUAGAACCCAUCAGCAUCGCUUUCCUGCCCUAGCCCCUGGCCCAGCCCCUUCUCCUCAACCUCAAGGCCCCAUUAUUGCUCACCCAGUGCAUAGGCAUCACAGAAGAAGGCAUCAUGCUUCCCCACCACCUUCAUCGUUUUCGCCAGAAAGACAAGAUUGCAGCAGAACAACUUGUUCUGCUCCACUUACGUCGACUCCAAUUGGUUCACCCUGUGGUUGUGUAUAUCCUAUGCAAAUUCAGCUUGAUCUUGGCGUGGCACCGUAUCAAUUAUUUCCCAGAAUUGAUGAGUUAGAAAUUGAGGUUGCAGCAGGUACAUUCCUGAAACAGAGUCAAGUUCGGAUAAUGGGUGCUGGGAGUAGUCUUCAAGAUCCUGAAAAAACAACAGUAACCAUCAAUUUGGUGCCAUUAGGCCAGAAAUUUGAUAGGACUUCAGCCUUACUGAUUAGCAACAGAUUUUUGCAAAAGAAGGUUCCAAUAAACUCAUCCGUUUUUGGUGACUAUGUUGCUACAUAUGUUCAUUAUCCAGGCCUUCCUUCUUUAGUACCUAUUCCUGGAUCCUUGGGUCCAGUAAGCAGUAACGAGGACCCUUUUAGUGCAAAUAUACACAAUAGAAGCCAUCACAAGAUUAACUCUAAAAUGGUUGCCAUAAUUGCUCUGUCAGCUGUGGUUUUUGUUUUGACGUGCUUGGCCAUUGGCAUCGUUUGGAGAUUCAAUGGACUAAAACAUUCUCAUGCUACGGGCCCGAUUUCAAGUUCUUCCAUCACUAGAAAAGGAGCUAUGAGGUUAUCGUUCUCUGGUACAAGCAGCUCGGCAGCAUCAUUUGCUUCAACAAUAGGAACCUGCCCAUCCACCGUAAAGACAUUUACAAUAACUGAGCUUGAGAAGGCCACAGAAAACUUCAGCUUCAGCAAAAUAAUAGGUGAAGGGGGUUAUGGACGUGUUUAUCGCUGUGUAAUUGAAGAUGGUGUUGAGGUUGCUGUCAAAUUGCUCACAAGGAAACAUCACAACAGAGAUCGCGAGUUCAUUGCAGAGGUUGAGAUGCUAAGUCGUUUACAUCACCGCAAUCUUGUCAAGCUGAUUGGUAUAUGCAUUGAACGGAGCACGAGGCAUGUAAUAAUCAUUUAUUCCUGCACUUCUAUUUUGAUAUUCCAGGUUGCUGAUUUUGGGCUGGCAAAGGAAGCAUCAGACGGGAUGGAUCAUAUUUCUACUCAGGUCAUGGGGACUUUCGGGUACGUUGCCCCAGAGUAUGCGAUGACAGGGCAUCUGCUUGUCAAGAGCGACGUCUACAGCUACGGUGUGGUGCUCCUCGAGCUGCUGUCAGGCCGAAAACCCGUGGACAUGACACAGCCACCGGGGUCCGAGAACCUGGUCACCUGGGCGCGCCCGCUCCUCACCACCCGGGAAGGACUGCAGCGGCUGGUGGACCCGUCGCUCCCGGCCGGUUACGACUUCGAGAAGCUGGCCAAGGCGGCGGCCAUCGCGUCCAUGUGCGUGCACGUUGAGGCGUCGCACCGGCCGUUCAUGGGCGAGGUCGUGCAGGCGCUGAAGCUGAUCCACAGUGACCCUGAUUGGCGCUUCCCAGCACAAACAGAGUAAAAGCGGUGGUCUAAAUAAGCUGGUCUGAUCCAGCUGGUCAGAAUAAGCUGCUGAAAAGCGUAGUCUUUGACUGUUGAUUUUAGCUUAUUUUGGCCAUUAGCACCUUAUAAGCUGUACUUGGCGGGGGGCGGUGACGAGGCCUGCAGCGGCUCGUUCGCGGGUGGCGCGACCGAGGAGUCCCCGUGGAACGACGUCAGCAGGAGCUCGUGGAACGACGACCCACCGGCCACCCCGGGCCCUGCGCUCCCCCUGGGAUACGGCUCGGACCCUGCCGGCGCCGACGAGCGGAGGCCACGGUCGGCGUCGAACGCGGUGCUGGACAAGAUCGAGUCCUUGGCGAUGUACGACUGGUCCGGCCCCCUGCGCACCAAGGGGAGGCACAGCUUCUACAGGCUGAGGGGGAGCAUGAGCGAGCACGGUCGCCCCUCGGACGACGGCAGCGUCGAAGGUUACUUGAUGUAG